AUGUCAUUAGAUGACCACAAAUUACUGAAAUGGAACCUCGUAAACAGCGAAUGCAUGACGGUUACAACGUUUCCGGAUGAUUUUUAUCCAACAAGAAUGUGUUUAUUCCCGAAAAUCAAUAUCGGAGGAAACAAACAUCAACAUGACGUGAUUUUGAUUGCAUCUGCUGACGGGAAGUUCCACAUUGUGAAUCAUAAUGGUCGAAUUGAGAAGAGUGUAAACGCUCACCAAGGUGCAUGCCUCACUGCACAGUGGAGCCCGGAUGGAGCUGGUCUUCUUACAGUCGGGGAAGACGGUUUUGUAAAGGUGUGGUCUCGUAACGGUCUCCUGCGAUCGACCUUGGUGCAAUCCGACGUGCCAGUGUAUGACGCUGUAUGGAGCCCCGACAGCAGCGCCAUCUUGUACACGAAAGGAAACUUCCUUAUUAUAAGACAUUUGCACUCGAGCUCUAAGAUAACUAAGUGGAAAGCUCACGAAGGUAUUGUUCUCUGUGUGGCAUGGAACGCUAAUAAUAACUUGAUUAUCUCUGGUGCCGAAGAUGGCUUCUCGAAGAUUUGGGAUACAUUCGGUCAACAGAUAUCAGUAAGCGUAAAGCAUGAUCAACCCAUUACAAGCAUUAGCUGGUCUCCCGCUGGAGACCUUUUUGUUAUUGGAAGUUAUAACUUGAUACGACUAUGCAGUGCCAACGGUUGGUCUCAUUGCUUGGAUCGCCCAGCGGUAGGUAGUAUUUACAGUAUUGCUUGGUCUUCGGAUGGAACUCAACUGGCGACGGCUUGCGCCAAUGGACAAGUUUUAUUCGCUCAUAUUAUUGACAGAGAAUAUACAUGGAAGAACUAUGCAUGCACCCAAACAGGGCGAAAAGUGAUCGCUAUCAAGGAUAUUAUAACAGAUCAGAGUGAUCAGCUAGACUAUCCUGACAGAGUCAUACAAAUUGCUUUGGGGUUCAACCACCUCGUUAUAGCAACGGUGAAGCAGUGUUUCAUACAUAAGUUAAGCUCCUGGAAUACGCCUGUUACGUUUGAUUUGAAAGAAGGAACUAUCAGCAUGAUUUUGCUGUCUGAAAGAUGUCUUUGCAUCGUUGAACGAGCUGGCUUAUCAGUGUACAGUUAUAUGGGAAGACUACUAGCCAGUCCUAAGUGGGGAGCACGUCCUGAAACUUUAGGACGAGCCGCUUUGUCCCUUGGACCUGACACUUUGGCUGCCAUUGACCAAGUCGAUAGAAAGCUGAUCCACGUGUUCGAUCUUCCCACUGGAUUAGUCGUUCGCAGCUCUACCGACAACACAGUCACAAAGCUGUUGCACAAAAUGACAGUUUCCAGCAUUGCUCUGAGCCAAACGGGGCCAAUCAGCGAGAGGCAGUUAGCGUUGCUGGAUUACAACAGGGAUUUGUAUGCGGUUACUGUGAAGGAUAGCAAGCCGAAAUUUGUUAAGUUGGGCUCCCAGGUGCUAAGCGUCGCAUGGAGCGCCGAGACAGAAUUAUUAGUGGGCAUUCGAGCAAACUCCGCCGUGGCGUGGUGCUGCCCUCGAGCGGCCACGCAGCCGGAUUGGCAGGCUCUCACCACAGUCAGCAAGGAGAUCAACGAGCUGGGCCGCAACCCGUCCGUGCGCGGCGUGGAGGGCGGCGUGGUGCGCGUGCGCCGCGGCAACGGCUCGCUGCUGCACGUGGCGCUGGCCGACUUCCCGGAGAAGCUGCUCGAGCAUGUGGCCGCCAACCUGUGGCCGGCGGCGCUGCAGCUAUGCCGAACCGUAGAAGACGAAACCCUGUGGGCGUGCCUCGCGGUGCUGGCGUGGCACCAUCGCCAACUGGCCGUCGCCGAAGAGGCCUUCGCGCUCAUACAUCAAUACCACCAAGUGUCGUACAUACAAUAUUUGAGGAAUGCGAUACCAGAAAGAUUGACCAACGGCAGUACUUGAGCUAGCUAGACAAAAAUUACUCAUUGCUAUUUUUACUGGACUAUGG